AUGAAGACAUGGGCAUUUUUAAUAGUUCUCUCGGUGGUUCUUCUUAUUUUCCUCUUCCUGAAACAACAAUGGAUGCGCAGACACUACCCCCCUGGACCUCUGGCUCUUCCUAUCAUCGGGAGUCUGUGGCGGAUCGGGACAAGCCUUCAUACAGAUACUCUGAUACAGUUGGCAAAACAAUAUGGAAAUAUUUACACUCUGUGGCUGGGACAUAUGCCUGUCGUAGUCCUCUCAGGCUUCCAAGCUGUGAAAGAAGGACUGGUGGACCAUUCGGAAGAAUUUUCUGAGCGACCAUCGACUCCUUUCCUUAAAGUUAUAGGAAAAGAAAAGGGUAUCGUCGGUUCCAACGGCCACAUCUGGAAGGAGCAGAGACAUUUCGCUUUGGUUACUCUGCGGAAGAUGGGACUGGGGAAGAAAGGCAUGGAGCAUCAAAUAGAAGAGGAAGCCCAGCAGCUGGUGGAGACUUUCGCACGUGCAAAGGGUCAGCCCUUUGAUCCUUUCUUGCCCAUCGUCAAUUCUGUCUCGAACAUCAUAUGCGCCCUGACCUUUGGACACCGUUUUUCUCUUGAAGACGAAAGCUUCCAGAAACUGGCUGAAGCUGUUGAUAACACUUUGAAAUUUCUCAGUAGCUUUUUUCAUAUCCUGUAUGAAAUGUUCCCAUGGCUCAUGAAACAUCUCCCAGGACCUCAUCAGAAGGCCUUGUCCGAUAUGAAGGUAACACUUUCCUUUGCAAGGAAGGAAAUCGAGAAGCAUAAGGAGCAACAGUCCCUGCACGACCCCCAGGAUUUCAUUGACUUCUAUCUCCUUGAGAUGGAAAAACACCAGAGCAAGGAUGACCCUGACUCUGCCUUUAACGAAGAAAACCUGGCUCAAUGUAUCCAUGACUUCUUUUUCGCUGGAACAGAAACGACUGCUGUUUCUCUGAGAUGGGCACUGCUCCUUCUGACAAGAUACCCAGAAAUCCAAGCUAAAGUCCACAAGGAGAUAGAAGAUGUUUUGAGUUCUUCUCAGAUAAUCUCCUAUCGAGAUUUAAAGAGACUCCCUUACACGAACGCUGUGAUUCAUGAGAUGCAGAGGGUCAAAUACGUCUUAAUUCUUGGGGUCCCGAGACAAUGUGCGCAGGAUGUGCACAUGGGUGGUUUCGUCAUUCCCAAGGGAACUCUGAUUGUACCCAAUCUGCGCUCUGUCCUUCUUGAUCCUGAGCAGUGGGAGACCCCUGAAGAAUUCAACCCAAAUCACUUUUUGGAUGAGGAUGGAAAUUUUGUGGCCAGAGAGGAAUAUCUUCCUUUUGGUGCAGGGGCUCGGGUGUGUCCGGGGGAACAGCUGUCGAGAAUUGAGAUCUUCAUCUUCUUGACCAGCCUGUUGAGGACUUUCCGUUUCCAGCUGCCAGAAGGAGUGAAAGAGCUCAACCAAGACCCUGUUGUAGGGCUUUCAGCAACCCCGCGUCCUUAUAAAAUCUGUGCUGUUCCACGCAGUAAUUCCCUCUAA